AAGAAACAACUCACUGUUCCUCUUUCUCUCUCUCUUUUCCUGUCACUCUCUCCUCUUUACUCCUCGUAGACUCUGUGUCACGACUUCAAUUAAAAAUUGCACCAAAAGCAGCCCCAAAAUUAGGGCUAGGGUUGAAGGCUUUGACGUGUUUUCAAUAGAGAAGGGGAGGGGAAACAAGGAAGGGUCCGGGCCGGGCUUUGACGUUGUUCUUUCAUCAUGAAAUGGCACCAUCUCCGCAACCACAAGCCGUUGAAGCUCUUGAUUCUGCUCUUCGUUUUCUUCUCAGCUCAAAAUGGAGCUGUUUGGGGCUCCGAUUUGGAUAAAUCUGCGCUUUUGGAGCUCAAGGCCUCAAUUUCCGACCCCUAUAGAGUGCUGAGCAGCUGGGGUUCGGACAACCCGAAUCACUGCUCAUGGGCCGGGGUUUCGUGCGGGCCGGGUUCGCGGGUCGUGGCGCUCAAUAUAACCGGCGGAGGUAAUUCUUUAUCUUGUGCUCGAAUUGCUCAGUUUCCGCUCUAUGGGUUUGGGAUUAGAAGGAAUUGUUUGGGUAGGGAUCGUAAAAUUUUGGGUAAAUUGUCGGCUUCUGCUGCUAAGCUUAGCGAACUCAAGAUUUUAUCACUGCCUUUCAAUGAAUUGAGUGGUGAAAUUCCUGCUGAAAUUUGGGGCAUGGAAAAGCUUGAAGUGCUUGAUCUUGAAGGGAAUUUGAUCUCGGGCGCUUUGCCCUCUCGAUUUAGUGGGUUGAGAAAUUUGAAAGUUCUUAAUUUGGGAUUCAAUAAAAUUGCUGGAGGGCUGCCAAGUUCUUUGUCAAAUUGUAUGGGCCUUCAAGUACUGAAUUUAGCUGGGAAUCAGUUGAAUGGAUCAAUUCCGGGGUUUGUGGGCGGAUUUAGGGAUUUGAGCGGGCUUCAUUUGUCGUUUAAUAUGCUUGGUGGAUCUAUUCCAGUUGAGAUUGGUGAUAAUUGUGGGAAGCUCCAGCAUUUGGAGCUCUCUGGGAAUUUUUUGACUGAUGGUAUUCCGAGAGAAAUUGCAAAAUGCAGUGGGCUGAAGACCCUUCUAUUGUACUCGAAUCUGUUGGAGGAGGUUCUUCCUAGUGAGCUGGGUCAGUUGAGUCAACUUCAAGUCAUGGACGUGUCAAGGAACAAUUUUGGGGGUCCUAUUCCACCUCAGAUUGGUAACUGUACAAGUCUUUCAGUUCUUGUAUUGGCAAACUCGUGGAAUCCUCUACCAAAUGUUUCGAGUUUAGGUGGUGGUUAUUCGAUGGAAAAGCUGGCAUUGCCCGCUGAUGAGUACAAUUUCUAUGAGGGUACCCUUCCAAAUGAAAUUACUCGUCUCUCAAGCUUGAAGAUGGUGUGGGUGCCUAGAGCAAUGUUGGAUGGGGACCUUCCUGAUAGUUGGGGUUCCUGCAGUAACUUGGAGAUGCUGAAUUUGGCUGAAAACUAUUACUCGGGGAAAAUGCCUGUCAGCUUCAGCAACUGCAAGAAGCUGCAGUUUCUUGAUUUGAGCUCCAACCGGCUUGGUGGGGAGAUCAGCGACAAAGUUCCUGUACCUUGUAUGGAAGUGUUCGAUAUCAGUGGGAAUCAUUUUUCGGGUUCAAUACCCAGAUUCAGUUACGAAUCAUGUGCUCCUGUAAAGUCCUUGUAUGGAGAUUCUACCGGAACUUAUGAUCCUGCUUAUGCAUACCUGUCGUAUUUCAGAUAUAGAGCUCAGCUCGAAUCCUCGUUACCACUUUCUGGAGAUGUAGAUAGUUUAUUGGUAUUGCAUAACUUUGGUUCGAACAAUCUCAGUGGGCCCCUGCCACCGAUGCCUAUUGCACCUGAAAGAGUAGGAAAGCAAACUGUUUAUGCCUUUCUUGCAGGAAGCAACAAGCUCUCAGGGGCUUUUCCCGGAGCGUUGUUGGAUAAGUGUGAUCAAUUUAGAGGUGUCAUAGUGAACGUAAGUGACAAUGGGUUAUCGGGCCGAGUCCCAACUGAGAUGGCCACAGUGUGCAAGUCCAUGGUACUGCUAGAUGCUUCCAAGAAUCAGUUUUCUGGAACUCUACCUCCCAGCAUCGGCAACUUGAGUUCACUUGUUCUUCUUAAUUUAAGCUGGAAUCCUUUGCAAGGUUCGAUUCCGAGCAGCCUUGGCCAGCUAAAGGAUAUCAAAACUCUCUCUUUGGCUGGAAAUAAUCUGGAUGGUUCAAUCCCUGCAAGUUUGGGGCAGCUAUACUCUCUUGAGGUUCUUGAGUUGUCAUCAAACUCUCUAUCCGGUGAAAUUCCAAAAGGUCUUGCAGAUUUGAAAAACUUGACGGUUCUCCUCCUGAACAACAAUAAACUAUCGGGGCAGCUCCCUUCCGAACUGGGAAAUGUAUCCUCUAUCUCAGCGUUUAAUGUGUCAUUCAAUAAUCUGUCUGGGCCACUUCCUCUCAACAGUAAUAUGAAUCAGUGCAACAGCUUUCUUGGGAAUCCUUUUUUGCACUGCCCUCUGUCCUCAUUGUCGUCAUCAGCUGCAGAGCAACAAGGAACAGUGGGAAACUCGCCAGACACAGCUUCUUCGCCACCAUCAACUUCAAGGCAACAAGGAGGCAACGGCAGCCUAAACUCAGUUGAAAUUGCUUCUAUCACAUCAGCAGCAGCAGUGUUUUCAGUUUUCCUUGCCCUUGUCGUGCUUUUCUUUUACACCAGGAAAUGGAAACCGAGGUCCAGAGUCAGUGGAACUGCCAGAAAGGAAGUGAUAGUCUUCAACGACAUUGGAGUCCCACUGACCUUUGAGAACGUGGUGCGUGCCACGAGCAGCUUCAAUGCGAGCAACUGCAUAGGCAAUGGAGGUUUUGGGGCGACAUACAAGGCAGAAAUCGCACCCGGUCACUUGGUGGCCAUCAAACGCCUUGCAGUUGGCCGCUUCCAAGGAGUUCAGCAAUUCGAUGCAGAGAUCAAGACUCUGGGCAGGCUCCGACAUCCGAACCUUGUGACCCUGAUCGGAUACCACGCCAGUGAAACAGAGAUGUUUCUGAUAUAUAACUAUCUACCGGGAGGCAAUCUGGAGAAGUUCAUACAGGAGAGAUCCACAAGAGCUGUUGAUUGGAGGAUACUGCACAAGAUUGCUCUGGACAUCGCUCGGGCACUGGCCUACCUGCACGAUCAGUGUGUGCCACGCGUUCUCCAUCGCGAUGUCAAGCCUAGCAACAUACUGUUGGACGACGAGUACAAUGCUUAUCUCUCGGAUUUUGGACUGGCCAGGCUUCUCGGGACUUCGGAGACUCACGCCACCACUGGCGUGGCUGGAACAUUUGGGUACGUGGCCCCAGAAUAUGCCAUGACCUGCCGUGUAUCAGACAAGGCGGAUGUUUACAGCUACGGGGUUGUGCUGCUGGAGCUGAUCUCGGACAAGAAAGCACUAGAUCCCUCGUUUUCUUCCUAUGGGAACGGAUUCAACAUUGUGGCUUGGGGGUGUAUGCUACUGAGGCAGGGGAGGGCGAAGGAGUUCUUCACAGCCGGAUUGUGGGAUGCGGGCCCACAUGACGAUCUGGUGGAAGUGUUGCACUUGGCAGUGGUGUGCACGGUGGAGUCGCUAUCAACGAGGCCAACCAUGAAGCAGGUGGUACGGCGGUUGAAACAGCUGCAGCCGCCGUCUUGUUAGGAAGGUGGUUUAGGGAUGUAAUCUGUAGCUACUUGUAAUUGUAAAUGAGAAGUAUAGCUUCCUUGCCCCAUUUUUCCCCUGCUGUCCUAGUUUAGGGUUAGAAGAAUUCGUUUCCAAUUUCCAAAUAUGAAUAUGCUGUUCAAAUAAUAUCAAUGCACAAGCUUCCUACA